CAUCUGCUUCAAAUGCCCUCCCUCGAGUCAAAAGCUGGAUUCGGUUUGCGGUGACGCUGAGGAGAGGCGAAUACUGGAGCUGCGUAUGGUGAAAAAAACGUCAGAGAGCCUUGUUAUAAAACAUCCCCGUUACAAAGUCUGCUGCAUCAUUCGCUACACAUACACACGUAUUGUUUCGUUAUACCACAUUGCCAGGGGUACCCGUAGAAACCGAACCAGCCAUGUCGAACAAGGAGGAAAAGCCCGCAGACCAGAACCAGUCCACCUGGAAGGAUUUUAUUUUCAACCCGCAGAGCGGCCAGUUUAUGGGGCGCACGGCCAGUAGUUGGGCUCUGAUUCUUCUCUUCUACCUAGUCUUCUAUGGUUUCUUAGCUGGACUCUUUACACUCACAAUGUGGGUCAUGCUUCAAACACUGGAUGACAAUGCUCCGAAGUAUUGUGACAGGGUCCCAAGUCCAGGGCUGGUAAUCAGGCCAAAGACACUGGAUAUAGUGUAUAACAGAUCUGACUCCUCAAAGUAUAGCCACUACGUUCAGCACCUUCAGUCAUUUUUACAGCAGUACAAUGAUAUAGAUCAAGAUAAAAAGCAACCAUGCCUUUCUGGGAGCUACAAUAUGCAAGAUGAUGAGACACUUCCCAAAAAAUCGUGUCCGUUUAAACGCAGUCUGCUGGGACAGUGUUCUGGCCUAAAUGAUCCCAAUUUUGGCUAUUCAGAGGGAAAACCUUGUGUACUUGUAAAGAUGAACAGAAUUAUUGGACUCAAGCCAUUAGGGGAUCCUUUUAUUAAUUGUACUGUUAAGAAAGAAGGUAGUGAUAUUAAUAUGCUGUAUUUUCCUGCAACUAAGAAUUUCGAUCUUAUGUACUUUCCAUAUUAUGGAAAAAAAGCUCAUGAAACGUAUGUGCAGCCUUUGAUUGCUGUAAAACUGAUGCUUGAAAAGAAAGAUUAUGAUAAUGUAAUAACAUUGGAGUGCAAGAUAGAGGGAUCAAGUAACCUGAAGAACGAUGACGAACGGGACAAGUUUCUGGGACGAGUGAUUUUCACUGUUAAAAUUACUGAAUAGCAAGAGCUGGAAGUCUGCACAAUGCCAACAUUGUGAUGUCAUUUUGUUUUUAUCAGCUGGACCUGCCAUUCUAGGACAUAAGACCACUUUGAAAGAGGGAUUGGAGUUAUGUGGAAUUCAUGGUAGCAUCAUGAUGUGCUUCCAGAUAUUAGUUUUUAAUCCCUAAUGUGUCGCUGCCUGCCUUGCUCUUGCCUGCCCCCCUAUCCCCUUCGCUGUUGGACCAGUACAUGAACAUAUUUCAACAUCGUGCCAUAUUAGGGACCUGUAAAUAGCUGUACUUCAACCGUUUAGUAAUGCGGUCUUUUUCCUGUUGUGAUGUGGAUUUUAUCCCCAGUGAGUGUUGCUUUUUGUGCUGUUUCUAUGUACAUAUUGAAUGGAUUUAACACUGAUUUACCUGUCAUGUUUCACAAGGUCAAAACAUUUAAGGGAUCAAAUGAAAAAAUAAAAUGGAAAAAAGAAAAAGAUAAAAUGGUACCUGGCCAAUGUUUUAAAUGAGUUUAUAACCUCUGCAAGAAUAUUUGUUUGUGCAGAUGCCUUAAGACCUGUAUGGGGGAGGGGGGGAGGGGGGAAUAAAAAUAAAAAUCUUAAAAAUGAUUUUAAACAAAAAAUUCAUCCAUGUGAUACUUUAAAAAAAGGUAUUGUAAGUGUUGGAGAUUACGCAAAAGAGUUUGUUUAUUUAAACAGGGUACAGCAAGACUACAAUGUAUAAACCUGACGUAGAUCUCAUUUCAGUACCAUUUUUAUUCUAUAUAGCAAUGUUAAUAUGUGGGUCAGUAUUACUGGUUAAGCAGGCUUAAAAAGCAUUUUUAGAGUUUCCAUUCCCACACAGGAUUUAUUUUAACUGCAGUUUUGUUUGCGUGACUAGAUCAAUCUGUCAACGCAAACAGCGAUUUAAUGCUGAUUGAUGAGUCUGAAUGUCCGUAUGCUAAUUACAUUUGAGGCUUAACGCAUGGUCAUUUUGAACUCUAGUUCUGGGACAAUGCAAAACAGACAAAUAGCCUCACUGACAGUGGACCUCAUAGGAGUUAGGUGAGAUUUUUAAUUCCUGUAACACCAACUCAAAACAUUCUUUGAAGUGGUAUUCCUGUAUAUGAAAAAGCAUUAGUUUAAAAAAUAAAUGCAAAUAGAGCCAGUACAAAAGCAUGCUUUGUAUAUUGCGAGAGCUUGGAAUUACUGGGUUGAAACUACAAUCAAGCCACCUGUACAUGCUUUACAUCACGUCUGUUUUUAACUGUUGUGUGUUGGCUGCCACUUCACUGUUGCUAAGACCCUGUAGAAACGAGACCACCACCUGCAGGGUCUUCUCCUUGUUAAAUAAUGAAUUAAUGAUAAAUCCAUUAAUUCCACAAGAUUAUCACUGACAGUGGGACAGUUCUAUUUAGAUGACAUAUAAGCCAAUCUGUUCAGAAUUGGGAGAUUGAUAUCUUAAACUAUUCAUGAGACAGCUUUCAUGAUUGAUUCAUUAUGAAAUCUCAGGGUCACACUACAAGGUGGUUAAAAUGUCUUGCCUCGCUUGUGUCUAGUCCUCUUUAUUCUUAGGAUUGAAAUACAGUACUGAAUGUCACAAAGAGGCACACUACAGUGGUCAUAGAAUACCAACAAAUACAAAUAUAAAGCAUUCUUGUGGUGUGGCUUUGAUAUUGUGCAAAUUAAACUCUUUUUAAAGUUAAUUUUAAUAUCAUUUUAAUCCGUUCUUUUCAAACAGAUUUCACUAAGCAGCUUUCUACUGCAUGACUCAGAGUUUAGCAAUACCCCAGUUUAUGGCCACUUUAAAAUUAAAAGAUGUUUGAGUUGCACUGCAAAUAAUGUACACACUUCUCAAUCUUAAAUUUACAGACUGGAUCUGCCAACCAAAUGCAUUCAGGUUUGACCUGUAGAUUGCACUGCCCAUUGCCUCAGCAUAAUACUUAUAUAUAAAAAAAAAAAAAAAAAAAAAAAAAAAACGACAAUCUGGUAUCACAGUCAGAAAAAUGAAUGAUCUAUAUGCAAACAAAUUGAAGAAACCGACAGAAGACUUUGAAAUUGCUUUAGUGAACGCCUUGGAGUGGUGAGUAGAACACAAACCAAACCCUGUCAAUGACAUACAUCUCUAUUGUAGACUUGGUUUCACUUACAACUAGAUAUCUAAACGAUCAUAUAAUUUUAAAUGUUUCUUCACUUUACUCGCAUCCCCACACAAACAUGCUAUUUAUUUGUUUUCUUCUACCAAUGUAACUUCUAUGUCAUAUACACAAAUAUGAUAUGUGAACAGUGUAUAACAUACAAUAUGCUUCAUACUUGGGAGGUAAUAAAUGGUACAAAAAGUUGAUGUCUGGAUCUUUCAGGAGGGGAAAAAAAACAAACACAUGAAGGCACAAAGCCAUUUGGCUUAUCCUAUAGUUCAGUAAAUGUUUAACAACCACAGUGUCUUUUUUACUUUUAUUUUUAUAACUCUUCCUACAAAAUGUCCUCUUUCUGAAGAAAACCACAUGAAUCUGCAAAUACAGGUUAUGUACAGAUGCAAAGUUUAUCAAGGCCACCAGGUACAAUAAAAGAAAAAAAUUAUCAUUAAGCACAUACAAUACAAAGCCCUUGUCUGGCUAGCUGUGUAUACACUUCAGAAAUCCCACCUGCAGCACAACUCGGAUGAAUUAAAUACAGUACAGCUUUUAUUAACAUGGUAUAAAAAUAGUGAGAAAAA